UUUCUGGCCUGAGAAACCGUCGCGUUUCCGAGAAGACACCUCAACCAGCAGUUACUACCGCGGUAGGAGCUUCCGCAUCGGCCACCUCCAUCACCCGCAUCACCAUGGGAGCUGUGCUGGGCGUCUUCUCCCUCGCCAGCUGGGUUCCAUGCCUUUGCGGUGGUGCAUCAUGUUUGCUGUGUAGUUGCUGUCCUAACAGUAAGAGUUCCACUGUGACUCGCCUCGUCUAUGCUUUCAUCCUCUUCCUGGGCACUAUUGUAUGUUGUAUCAUGUUUCAUGAAGGGAUGGAAACUCAGCUGAAGAAGAUUCCUGGAUUCUGUGAUGAAGGACUUAAAACCAAGGUGGCUGAUACAAUCAUGGAUAAAGAUUGUGAUGUGCUGGUUCGUUAUAAAGCCGUAUAUCGAAUCAACUUUGCCUUGGCCGUCUUUUUCUUUGCCUUCUUUCUGCUCAUGUUAAAAGUGAAAACGAGUAAAGAUCCCAGAGCAGCGAUACACAAUGGGUUUUGGUUCUUCAAAAUUGCUGCCAUUGUUGGUAUCAUGGUUGGAUCUUUCUAUAUUCCUGGGGGCCACUUCACCACAGCCUGGUUUUUUAUUGGCAUGGUGGGGGCUGCCUUCUUCAUACUCAUCCAGCUGGUGCUGUUGGUGGACUUUGCUCACUCUUGGAAUGAAUCAUGGGUAAAUCGAAUGGAAGAAGGGAACCCAAGGUGCUGGUAUGCAGCUUUACUGUCUGUCACAAGCGUGUUUUAUAUCCUGUCAAUCAUCUCUGUCGUAUUGCUCUACACAUACUACACCAAACCAGAUGGCUGCACAGAAAACAAGUUCUUCGUCAGUUUUAAUCUGAUCCUUUGCAUUGUGGUUUCUAUUAUGUCAAUCCAUCCAAAAAUUCAGGAACACCAGCCUCGUUCUGGCCUCCUGCAGUCCUCUAUCAUCACCCUCUACACCAUGUACCUCACAUGGUCAGCCAUGUCCAAUGAACCUGAUCACUCCUGCAACCCUGGCCUGUUGAGCAUCAUUAUGCACAUGACCUCCCCAACCUUGGCUCCUGCAAAUGCGACUGCUCUUGUCCCUACUCCUGCUCCACCAUCACCGGGUGGGCCUUCUCUGAAUAAAGAGAAUUUUAUUGGGCUGGUAGUCUUUGUUCUCUCCCUUUUGUAUUCUAGCAUCCGCAAUGCCAGCAAUAGCCAAGUAAGUAAGCUGACCCUGUCAGGAAGUGAAAGCGUGAUCCUCCGUGAUACGCCUGCCAACGGCGCCAGCGAUGAGGAAGAUGGGCGGCCUCGGCGGGCUGUGGACAGCGAGCGAGAGGGCGUGCAGUACAGCUACUCCGUAUUCCACCUCAUGCUCUGCUCGGCGUCUUUGUACAUCAUGAUGACCCUGACCAGCUGGUACAGCCCUGACGCAAACUUCCAGACCAUGACCAGCAAGUGGCCAGCUGUGUGGGUCAAGAUCACUUCCAGCUGGGUCUGCCUCCUCCUCUACGUCUGGACCCUUGUGGCUCCGCUCGUCCUCACCAGUCGAGACUUCAGCUGAAGCUCUGAGUGCCAAGGACACCACUGAAAUUCAUAAAGGUCUCCUUUGCUGAAAGCUCACAUCCCUUUUAUUUUUGCUUCAACUAAUAUAUUAAGCAAACUCUCUGCAAAUACGACUAUAUCCAGGUUUAUAUCAGAGGGCAAGAGUGAAUGAUGCUUGAUGCAGGAUCAGAACUUUUCGUUUAUAUCUAUAUUGUGUUUAUUUGUAAGGAUAUAGAGUAAAAGGAACGUUUUGCCUUUUAAAGUGAACUACAGCUGUGCUGUGAAGAGAGUUCUUUAUUAAGACUUGUAGGUUCCUACAACUUUGAUUUAACAUGUAAGACAGAAAAAUGUUGGAUAUUUGAGGCUGUCGUUAAUAUAUUUCUAUUGCAAAAUCUUUAAAAAGCAUAGUAAUUAUAAUAAUACAUUUCUAUGACAGUUUUCUUCUGUGAAAGUCUUGUGUGAAACAAGCUCUCUGUUCAGUCCUUAAACUCAUAGUGCUUGGGGAGAGGAGUACAUGUGUGAGUCUUGCCCAAGAAGAGGGGUUGCUGGUAUGGCUACUGUUUCUGUAUCUUGAGUUUUUUCAUUUACUUUUUUUUACAUUACAGCCUUGAUGCUGCUUGAUUUAAUUAAGCCUGUGGCUUUGCCAGAAAAGUUAAUUUCAAUUAAAUGCUUUGUAGGUUUGGUUAAA